UGGUCCGAAGGGGUCUGGGUGGCCGCACUGAUUGACUGGCCUUAGGUCUGAGCAGACAUUGAGCAAGGCUGGCAUUGAUGGUCUUCAUGCUUUGGUGUAGUGAUGAGGGCUGGGGAGGAUGCUGGGAGGGUCAUUGGCCUUUAGUUAGGGAAGUCUGACUGGGGCCGGCAGUGCCAUAAAAUGUGGGCAUUUAAGGUUCCCACUCCUCAUUUCAUGUGCACAUUGAUUGUGUUUGGGAAGGUGGGAAUGGAUUUAUAAUUAGAGAACAGACCUGGCAAUCGAUAGGGAGAUUAUUAGAACCAUAAACAGGACUUUAGGCUGCAGAUGAGGCGAUGUCCCCGAAGCAGGGCAUCAAUCGCUGAUGAUCAAGGACUGCCUGGGCGCUCUGGUGUUAAACACUUCUAGAGAGAUGCAUUGUGAAUCUGUCACAGAUGGUCAGUGAGGGCUGCCUAGGUGGAUUGGUUCCCACAGGUGGGAAAGGCAGCCUGGCCACCAUCAUACUGGAAUGAGGAGUGGAGGGCCAGGUCUGGGUCCCAUGGGCACUUUCAUUUUGGCCGAGGUAGAGGCUGAGGAAAAAUGGUUGACUCUGGCUGGACAGUUGGUCCUUAGUGAAGAUGGUGACCUAUGUCUUCAUGAACUCCCUGGAGCCACAGGCAAGGCCUGGGACAUUCUAGGUGCUGUGGCUGAGAGCUUCCCUGAUCCCUCUAUUUGGGUGUUGCUGUGGUACAGCUGCCCUCAUGGCCCCACGGAGCCUUUGGAGCGAGGAGCUAUGGGCCUCCACAGCUUUCACCCAGACCACGGCCAUAUCUCAUUUGGGUUUGGAGGAGUCUGCCAUGACCGGCUGUCCUCGGGGCACAGCUCGGGUGACAUAAGCUUGUCCCAGGGAUGGCUGACAGAGCCUGGAAGUACACAGCGAGGCACUGACUUUUAUACAUUGAAGGAUGACCUCCAAAGCUCCCCUCCCACUAGGGAGCCCCGUGAGGGCCUGGCUCCCUGUAGCCCUUGAUCAAAGGGGAACCCUUUCCUGGCCAUUUUGCCUAUGGAGCGAGCAUCCAGCUGUUGCCCUGGAGCUCCCGGGGGACUGUCCCUACUAGUCUUUCUAGGCCAGAGGUUCUCAACGUGUGGGGCACGACCUCUUUGAGGUCGAAGGACCCUUUCAUAGGGCUCUCCUAAGACAAUCGUGCAUAUCAGAUAUUGUGCAUCCUAAUUCGAAACAGUAGCAAAAUGACAGUUAUGAAGUAGCAACAAAAAUAAUUUCAUAGCUGGGAGUCACCACAACAUGAGGAACUGUGUUGAAGGGUCACAGUGUUAGAAAGGCCGAGAACCGCCGCUCUAGACUGUCAGCUGGAGACACUGGUGCUGUGACAGACGAGGACAUUUCCCCAGUGCCAGCCUGUGGCAUGUCCUGCAGUCAGAAGCCCUCAGGGAGGUCAAGAAACCUGUUGUCAUCUUGAAGCAGGAGCUGAGGAUAGGAAGGACUCCUGAUCCCAUCGUUAGUUUGAGCUGGCACAGUUGACAUCGAGGGAAGCCUCAAGGAGCCAGGGUCCCCCACUGCGUGGUGGUUGGGUAGCCCUGUCCUGGGGGUGCCUGCCUGCCUCCCACUUCAAGCUGUGCAGGGAUCCUGCUGUCUGCUAUUCAUGGAGACCUUAGGUGGAUACUGAGCCUGGAAGAGCUCCGGCUGCAGUCUGGCCCUCCACUGAGUCUUCGAACGCAUUGCUGACUUCCCUGUGCAGGCCUUAGUUUACCCUGAAGGUAUGGGACUUCCCAACCUUGUGCCAGGCCCUGGAGGCCUCUGGACGGUGAGGCCAAAGAAGGGGAGCAGGCAAAGAGGGUCUAACGUUCUCUGUAGGACACUGCCCCCUCGGUUUUAUACACUGGCCUCAAGUGUAGCCUCAGCCCAGCCUCCAGGUUGCUUCUCAGUCCCUCACAGCCCCUCAGCACCUGGUAGGGUGUUUAUUAGAGGGCACUGUCCUUCAUGCCAGAACCUUGUAGACGGAGAGGUCAGGCCUAGAGGGCUGCUGAGGUGGGCUAGUCUGCGUUUCUUAAACGGUUCCACAGAACCCUGGUGUUCUGUAGAGGUCCAGCUGACACUCGGUGACUGCCUAGGUAGGCUCUGCAUUGUCUUGCCUGUGUGGGGUGCAGGAUCUGGCUGUGAGGUCAUGGCGUCAGGGCUCUGCUAGCUGUCCCUCGGCCAGUGCUGGCCUCACGCUCUCCUCUCUCCACGCUUUUCCUUUCGUUGCUGCUGUGUGCCUCCAUCACACUUUCUGUCUGUCCGUCCACCUCCCUCCUCCCCGUGUCGUGGCCCCCUCCUCCUGCCCACACCACCACUGCUCUGCCCUCGCUUUGGGACGGCUUCUUUUUGGCAUUUCCGGGCUCUGCUUCUGGCAGGAAUUGGCAGUGGCCGUCCGUCCCGAUGGACAAAGCCGUGUCAUGGCAGCUGGUGGGACGGUGGAGCCGAGUCACAUGCGGGACUCCUGAGACAGGCUGAGGCGGCUGUGGCUGCCGUUGCAGUGGCCGACACAGUCCGAGACCACCCUCCCGCUGCAGGCCCUGAUGGUAUGUCGAAGGCUUGGGGCCGAGGGGCAGCAUGCACUACAGCCCUGGUUACUCCAGCCCCAGGAUCCUCAGCAGGGGGUUCCACAGGCCCAUCGGCGGCAGCCUCCUUCUUUAUAAGGGCUGCCCAGAAGCUCAGCCUGGCCUCCAAGCGCAAGAAGCACCACCCACCACCUGCGCCCACCACUCGGGGCACGUCCACCUACCCCACGGACUUCAGUGGCACUCUGCAGCUGUGGCCUCCUCCAGUGCCCCCCUGCCUGCUCAGGGCUGCCUCCAAGGCCAAGGAAAACCCCAGCAACUUUGGAAAGGUAAAGGUGAUGCUGCGCAUCUGGCCUGCGCAAGGAGUCCAGCGCUCCGCCGAGUCCACAUCCUACCUGAAGGUGGACCCUCGGAAGAAGCAGGUGACUCUCUAUGACCCCGCUGCUGGGCCCCCGGGCUGCGCCGGCCUCCGCCACGCCCCCACGGCACCGGUCCCCAAGAUGUUUGCUUUUGACGCCAUCUUCCCCCAGGACUCGGAGCAGGCUGAGGUCUGCUCAGGAACCGUGGCUGACGUGCUCCAGUCUGUGGUUGGUGGAGCCGACGGCUGCAUUUUCUCCUUCGGCCACAUGAGCCUUGGCAAGUCAUACACCAUGAUUGGGAAGGACAGCUCACCCCAGAGCCUGGGCAUCGUGCCCUGUGCUAUCUCCUGGCUCUUCAGGCUCAUUGAUGAGCGCAAGGAAAGGAUGGGCACACGCUUCUCCAUCCGUGUGUCUGCUGUGGAAGUGUGCGGCCAUGACCAGAGUCUCCGGGACCUGCUUGCCGAGGUGGCUUCGGGCAGCCUUCAGGACACCCAGUCUCCGGGCGUGUACCUGCGGGAGGACCCUGUGUGUGGGGCACAGCUCCAGAACCAGAAUGAGCUGCGGGCCCCCACAGCAGAGAAGGCAGCCUUCUAUCUGGACGCGGCCUUGGCCGCCCGCAGCACUAGUCACGCUGGCUGUGGGGGAGACGCCCGGCGUAGCUCCCACAUGCUCUUCACGCUACAUGUGUACCAGUAUCGUGUGGAGAAGUGUGGCCAAGGAGGAAUGUCUGGAGGUCGCAGCCGCCUGCACCUCAUCGACCUGGGCAGCGGUGAGGCGGCACUCAGCAGAGGCGGGGAGGCUUCUGGAGGAGCCCUGUGUCUGUCUCUGUCAACUCUGGGCAGUGUCAUCCUGGCCCUCGUCAACGGGGCCAAGCAUGUGCCCUACAGGGACCACAGGCUCACCAUGCUGCUGCGGGAGUCCCUGGCUACUACCAACUGCCGCACCACUAUGAUAGCGCACAUCUCAGACUCACCGGCCCACCACGCCGAGACACUCAGCACUGUGCAGCUGGCUGCCCGCAUCCACCGCCUGCGCAGGAAGAAGGGCAAGUAUGCAUCCAGCUCCUCAGGAGGGGAGAGUUCCUGCGAGGAGAGCCGGGCCCGCCGUCCCCCACACCUGCGGCCUUUCCACCCGCGCACCAUGGUCCUGGACCCCGACCGCUCGGCUCCUGGCCUGCCCGGCGACCCUGACUACUCCUCCAGCAGCGAGCAGUCCUGCGACACAGUCAUCUACGUCGGGCCUGGCGGGGCAGCCCUGUCGGACCGCGAGCUGACUGACAACGAGGGCCCGCCUGACUUCGUGCCCAUCAUCCCGGCACUGAGCCGCCGCAGGCCCUCCGAGGGACCCCGGGACGCCGACCACUUCCGCUGCAGUACAUUUGCGGAGCUGCAGGAGCGCCUAGAGUGCAUAGACGGCAGCGAGGGAGUCCCUGGUCCCCAGGGUGGCUCAGACGGAGCCCAGGCCAGCCCGGCCAGAGGAGGCAGGAAACCCUCACUACCCGAGGCCACGUCCCCCAGGAAGGCUGUGGGCCCUCCUAUGGUUACCAGCUCCCCUCGAGGCAGCCCUGGGCAAGACACUCACCGGAGCACCCCAGAGCCCUCUAAGACUGGUACACAGGGCGACCAGAGAGUAGAUGGUACCCGGUCUGAGCCACCUGCCCCAGACAAGACGGCGGGAGGCGGCGGCAGGAGGCCGCUGCCCAGUCCAGCCCCUCCACCACCUCGGCAGCCGGAAGCUCGAGGCGUCCCCACAGAACCCGGGGGAGAGGGCCCUGACAGUGUGUUGCGGACAGCCCCCGUGGGCAUGAGCGGGCAGAUGGCCUUGUCCCCAUUGCUCUCAGACACAUCUGCUCGUGGGCGCCAUCUGGAGCGGGGCCUGCUGACCACCACCGUCACCCUACAGCAGCCGGUGGAGCUGAACGGCGAGGACGAGCUGGUGUUCACAGUGGUAGAGGAACUACCUCUGGGGGGACUUGCCGGGGCCACACGACCCUCCAGUCUGGCCAGUUUGGGCAGUGACUGUUCCCUGCAGGCCUUGGCCUCAGGCUCGAGGCCGGUCAGCAUCAUCAGCAGCAUCAACGAUGAGUUUGAUGCCUAUACCUCCCAGGUGUCUGAGGGCCCAGGAGACCCCGGGGAGCUCCCGGAGGGAACGGCGUGGCCUGGUGGCAGUCCAGCCUCAUCCAUUGGCUCCUGGCUGAGCGACGUUGGCGUCUGCUUGGCUGAAAGCCGUGGUCCCACACCCCAGCCUCCCUUCAGCCCCGACUCUGCAGCAGGGCCGGGUCCACCAGAGCUCCCUACCCCCAGCAGCUUCCUAGAGGACAGCAAGUUCAGGUCCUCAGAGUGUGGGAGACCGGACCAUCCUGGCUCAGCCCGGGGUCUCCGCCCGGGGGAGGCAGUCACAGCGACUCAAACCCGACCCAGCAGAGAGCCUUGGGCGGGGUCUCCGCAUGAGGCAGCCUCAGCCCAGACCAUCCACUCCAGUCUCCCCCGGAAACCCAGGACUACCUCAAACACCAGCCGCGCUGGUCCCAGCCGGGGUCCGUACAGCCCCGGAGGCCUGUUUGAGGACCCUUGGCUGCUCCGGGCAGAGGACUGUGACACACACCAGAUGGCCUCCGCAGGCGGCGUUCCAAGCCCAACCCCAGGCUCCCCUCGACUGCCCGAGGCUCAGAUAAUGCUGACUUGUGCCCAGAGAGUGGUGGACGGGUGUGAGGUGACAACCAGAGGGUCCCGGAGGCCGGAAGCUGUGGCCCGGAUCCCACCUUUGCGGAGGGGAGCCACCACUCUGGGAGUGACCACACCUGCUGCGUCCUGUGGGGACACCCCAGCAGAGGCAAUAGCCCAUUCAGGAAGCCUGAAGACCACCUCCAGCAGUAAGAAGAGCGUGUCUCCCAAGGGGGCCUUCUUUCCGAGGCCUAGCGGGGCCGGCCCCCCAGCUCCACCUGUGCGCAAGUCUAGCCUGGAGCAGAACACGACCCUCACCCCUACCCAGGCCCUGGGGCUGACCCGGGCGGGGGCUACUCCUGCCUUCCGAGGGGAAGACGAGGCCAGGCCCAGCGGCAGGUCUGAUUACUCUGUUUCCAAGGCCACAUCCAGCCUGAAAGCCCGAGCUGGCAAGAUGGAGGCGGCACACCGCCCCACUGGCCACAUGUCCCUGGAGCGGUACGAGGGCCCUACACAUGGUAGUGGCAAGGUCAGGGAAGUCCCGGGACGGCCGCCGAGGGCUGUGCCCAGGUUGGGUGUACCACCCACCAGCCCCCCACUUGGAUCAGCUCCUGCCUGCAGGAGCAGCCCAGCCAAGGGUGUUGGAGCAUCCAAGCCUCCGGCUGGUGGGGCCAAGGGUCGGAAUCUCGGGGCUAGUACGUCUCGGACACUGGGCGCUCCACUGAAGCCACUGGCCCCCGUGGCAGGCAAGACGACUAGUGGCCCUGUGCCGGGACCCCGAAUGGCUCCACGGGCCGCACCUGGUCUUGGGGCCAAGGCAGGCAGGGGCACCAUCAUGGGCACUAAGCAGGCCUUCCGGGCCGCCCAUACCCGCGUCCACGAGCUGGCAGCCAGUGGAUCUUCCGGUCGCGGCGGCCUCUCCUGGGGCUCAACCGACUCGGACAGCGGCAAUGACAGCGGUGUGAACCUGGCCGAGGAGCGGCCCCCUGUGAGCCCCGCGCUGCCCUCCCCCUACAGCAAAGUGACCGCACCCAGGCGGCCCCAGCGCUACAGCAGCGGCCACGGCAGCGACAACAGCAGCGUGCUGAGUGGGGAGCUCCCCCCUGCCAUGGGCCGCACGGCGCUCUUCUACCACAGCGGGGGCAGCAGCGGCUACGAGAGCAUGAUCCGCGACAGCGAGGCCACCGGCAGCGCCUCCUCGGCCCCCGACUCGAUGAGUGAAAGCGGAACUGCCUCCCCGGGUGCCCGCUCCCGCAGCCUCAAGUCCCCAAAGAAAAGGGCCACGGGUCUACAGCGACGGAGGCUGAUCCCGGCCCCGCUACCCGAUGCUGCUGCCUUAGGCCGCAAGCCCAGCCUUCCCGGGCAGUGGGUGGACUUGCCCCCACCCCUGGCUGGCUCUCUGAAGGAGCCUUUUGAGAUCAAGGUGUACGAGAUAGAUGACGUGGAGCGUCUGCAGCGGCACCGCCUGCCUCUGAGGGAGGAGGAAGCCAAGCCCUCUCAGGAUGUGGAGAAGCAGGGCCCAGUGUGCAUCAGCUCCAAGCUGCGGCUAGCGGAGCGCAGACAGCAGCGGCUGCAGGAGGUGCAGGCCAAACGUGACCACCUCUGUGAAGAGCUGGCUGAGACCCAGGGCCGGCUGAUGGUGGAGCCUGGGCGCUGGCUGGAGCAGUUCGAGGUGGACCCAGAGCUGGAGCCCGAGUCAGCCGAGUAUCUGGCGGCCCUGGAGCAAGCCACAGCUGCCCUGGAGCAGUGCGUUAACCUGUGCAAGGCCCACGUCAUGAUGGUCACCUGCUUUGACAUCGGUGUGGCUGCCACCGCUGCUGUACCUGGGCCGCAGGAGGUGGAUGUUUGAGGCUGAGCGCAGGUCAUAGGUGGGGGCCUGCAGGGCAGGGGUACAAGGAUAGGAUGUGGGAUGGGAUGAGGAUGUGGAGGGGGUCGGAGGGUUGAAGACACAGGGUCUGUGCAGGAUGUGGGGAUCUCAGAGAGGAGACGGAGAGUGGGGGAGGGGAGGGCCAGCCACUGGACAGAGAGAGCAUGGGGAUGGAAAGACUGUCAUCACCCAGACAGCCACGCAAGUGCCUUUAACCUUGAGUAGGCCUUUUCUUCUUUUCUAAUUUGGUGCUACGGACUCAAGACAGGACCCAGACACCAGCAGACAGUCUCAGCCUGGGUGGCUGCGGCCACUCAGGCCGAGCGCAAGCCAGUUUGUUUCUGAUUUUUGCCUUCCUUACGACUAAGCAGUUUUGUGUAGCAGGGCGGGCGGGUUCGGGCCAGCUCUCCUUUAGGACUGGGUUUAUUUUCUCCAGCAGCUUUCCCUCAACAGCCCACGAGUGGUCUCUGCCAGUCCACAGCAGCUGUGUCCUCUGAGUGCGGACAGCUAGCCUGAGUCCCCUCCUUUCCUUGAGGGCACCGGAGGCCACAAGCGAGGGCUGGGCCAUGAGCACACAAUGCUUUCUUCCACGGCAGGAAUUCUUACCAAAACCACAAGCAAAAAAAAAAAAAACACAAAACAAAAACACAAUGAAGCAAACCGCCACCAACAAAGACGGGGUGUGAGUUUUUGUAAAAGUUCUGUUAGCUUUGUAUUUUUGUAUCAUUUUGCCUAAAACCAGAAUUUGCAGUGGGAAUUUGAAGACAAAUUGUCUAAGUUUUUAUGGUUUUCUACAGGUAUUCCUAGGUCGGGGGCUCUAGGCAGCUGUGGGGGGCAGGCUUUUUCUGGGGUACACCGAGGGCAGUGUUGGGGGGGUCUGUGGGAGGUGAUUCUUUUCAGAUGCAGAUGAGGGGGGUGAGCCUGCCAGCCUGUGAUGUGGCCUGCACGCAGGUUCGUGCUUCCUGACCGGUGUGUAUUUUAUAGGCGUCCAGACCUUUGUACAAAUGUGUAGAUAACAUCUUGCGACAGUUUUUAUUUGUGAAUAAAAGAUGUGUUGAUUGUU